AUGCCCCGUAAAGGCACCCAACCCUCCACUGCCCGUCGCAGAGAGGAAGGGCCGCCGCGGUCCCCGGACGGCACCAGCAGCGACGCGGAGCCGGAUCCGCCGCCCGGCCGCGCGAGGAGCCAGGCGCUGGCCACCGCAGAAACUCCAAGUGAGGAAAUUGAUAAUAGAAGUUUAGAAGAGAUUUUGAAUAGCAUCCCUCCUCCCCCACCUCCUGCAAUGACCAAUGAACCUGGAGCUCCUCGUCUUAUGAUAACUCAUAUUGUAAACCAGAACUUCAAAUCUUAUGCUGGGGAAAAAAUUCUGGGACCUUUCCAUAAGCGAUUUUCCUGUAUUAUUGGGCCAAAUGGCAGUGGCAAAUCCAAUGUUAUUGAUUCUAUGCUUUUUGUAUUUGGCUAUCGAGCCCAAAAAAUAAGAUCUAAAAAACUCUCAGUUCUAAUACACAAUUCUGAUGAACAUAAGGAUAUUCAGAGUUGCACUGUAGCUGUUCAUUUUCAAAAGAUAAUUGAUAAGGAAGGGGAUGAUUAUGAAGUCAUUCCUAACAGUAACUUCUAUGUAUCCAGAACGGCCUACAGAGAUAAUACUUCUGUUUAUCACGUAAGUGGGAAGAAGACUACAUUUAAGGAUGUUGGAAUUCUUCUUCGAAGCCAUGGAAUUGACUUGGACCAUAAUAGAUUUUUAAUCUUACAGGGUGAAGUUGAACAAAUUGCUAUGAUGAAACCAAAAGGCCAGACUGAACACGAUGAGGGUAUGCUUGAAUAUUUAGAAGAUAUAAUUGGUUCUGGACGACUAAAUGAACCUAUUAAAGUCUUGUGUCGGAGAGUUGAAAUAUUAAAUGAACACAGAGGAGAAAAGUUAAACAGAGUUAAGAUGGUGGAAAAGGAAAAGGAUGCCUUAGAAGGAGAAAAAAACAUAGCCAUUGAAUUUCUUACCUUGGAAAAUGAAAUAUUUAGAAAAAAGAAUCAUGUCUGUCAAUAUUACAUUUAUGAUCUGCAGAAACGAAUUGCUGAAAUGGAGACUCAAAAGGAAAAAAUUAAUGAAGAUACCAAAGAAAUUAAUGAGAAGAGCAAUAUAUUGUCAAAUGAAAUGAAAGCUAAGAAUAAAGCUGUAAAAGAUGUAGAGAAGAAGCUGAAUAAAAUUACAAAAUUUAUUGAGGAGAACAAAGAAAAAUUUACAAAACUAGAUUUGGAAGAUGUUCAAGUUAGGGAAAAAUUGAAACAUGCUACAAGUAAAGGCAAAAAACUAGAGAAACAACUUCAAAAAGAUAAAGAAAAGGUUGAAGAGUUUAAAAGUAUACCUGCCAAGAGUGAGAAUAUCAUAAGGGAGACAACAACUAGAAACAAUGCCCUUGAGAAAGAAAAAGAAGAAGAAGAAGAAAAGUUAAAGGAAGUUAUGGAUAGCCUUAAACAGGAAACACAAGGCCUUCAAAAAGAAAAAGAAAGUCGAGAGAAAGAACUUAUGGACUUCAGCAGAUCAGUAAAUGAAGCACGUUCAAAGAUGGAUGUAGCUCAAUCAGAACUUGAUAUCUAUCUCAGUCGUCAUAAUACUGCAGUGUCUCAAUUAAGUAAAGCCAAAGAAGCUCUAAUGGCAGCUUCUGAGACUCUCAAAGAAAGGAAAGCUGCUAUUGGAGAUAUAGAGGCAAAACUCCCUCAAACUGAACGUGAGCUAAAGGAGAAAGAAAAAGAACUUCAAAAACUUACACAAGAAGAAAUAAAUUUCAAAAGUUUGGUUCGUGAUCUUUUCCAAAAAGUUGAAGAAGCAAAGAGUUCCUUAGCAAUGAAUCGAAGUAGGGGGAAAGUCCUUGAUGCAAUAAUUCAAGAAAAAAAAUCUGGCAGAAUUCCAGGAAUAUAUGGACGGCUGGGGGACUUAGGAACAAUUGAUGAAAAAUACGAUGUUGCUAUUUCAUCUUGUUGUCAUGCAUUAGACUACAUUGUUGUUGAUUCUAUUGAUACAGCCCAAGAAUGUGUAAACUUCCUUAAAAGACAAAAUAUUGGAGUUGCAACCUUCAUAGGUUUGGAUAAGAUGGGAGUGUGGGCAAAGAAAAUGACCAAAAUUCAAACUCCUGAGAAUACUCCUCGGUUAUUUGAUUUAGUAAAAGUAAAAGAUGGGGCAAUUCGCCAAGCUUUUUACUUUGCCUUACGGGAUACCUUAGUAGCUGACAGCUUAGAUCAAGCCACACGAGUAGCUUAUCAAAAAGAUAGAAGAUGGAGAGUGGUAACAUUACAAGGGCAAAUCAUAGAACAGUCAGGUACAAUGACUGGCGGUGGAAGCAAAGUAAUGAAAGGAAGGAUGGGUUCAUCAGUUGUUGCUGAAAUCUCAGAAGAAGAGGUAAAUAAAAUGGAAUCACAGUUGCAGAGAGACUCUCAAAAAGCAGUGCAGAUUCAGGAACAGAAAGUACAACUGGAAGAAGCAAUACUUAGGUUAAGGCAUAGUGAACGAGAAAUGAGGAAUACACUGGAAAAGUUUUCUGCAAGCAUCCAGCGUUUAUCAGAGCAAGAAGAAUAUUUGAAUGUCCAAGUUAAGGAACUUGAAGCUAAUGUACUUGCUACAGUCCCUGACAAAAAACAGCAGAAAUUGCUUGAAGAAAAUGUUAAUGCUUUCAAGACAGAGUAUAACAAUGUGGCUGAGAGAGCUGGUAAAGUGGAAGCUGAGGUUAAAAGGUUACACAAUAUCAUCGUAGAAAUCAAUAACCAUAAACUCAAGGCUCAACAAGACAAACUUGAUAAAAUAAAUAAGCAAUUAGAUGAAUGUGCUUCUGCUAUUACUAAGGCACAAGUGGCAAUCAAGACUGCUGACAGAAAUCUUAAAAAAGCACAAGACAGUGUCUUACGUACAGAGAAAGAAAUAAAAGAUACUGAGAAAGAAGUAGAUGACUUAACAACAGAGCUAAAAAGUCUUGAAGACAAAGCAGCAGAGGUUGUAAAGAAUACAAAUGAUGCAGAGGCAUCCUUACCAGAAAUUCAGAAAGAACAUCGAAACCUACUUCAAGAACUAAAAGUAAUUCAGGAAAAUGAACAUGCUCUCCAAAAAGAUGCACUUAGUAUUAAGUUGAAACUUGAACAAAUAGAUGGUCACAUUGGUGAACAUAAUUGUAAAAUAAAAUAUUGGCAAAAAGAGAUUUCAAAAAUAUCACUGCAUCCCAUAGAAGAUAAUCACGUUGAAAAGGUUCCAGUUCUAAGCCCAGAAGAGCUUGAAGCAGUCAAGAACCCAGAUUCUAUAACAAAUCAAAUUGCAGUUUUGGAAGCCCAGUGUCAUGAAAUGAAACCAAAUCUUGGCGCCAUUGCAGAUUAUAAAAAGAAGGAAGAAUUAUAUUUACAACGGGUAGCAGAAUUGGAUAAAAUUACUAAUGAAAGAGAUAAUUUUAGACAGGCAUAUGAAGAUCUUCGAAAACAAAGACUUAAUGAAUUCAUGGCAGGUUUUUAUAUAAUAACAAAUAAAUUAAAGGAAAAUUACCAAAUGCUUACUUUGGGAGGUGAUGCUGAGCUGGACCUUGUAGACAGCAUGGAUCCUUUCUCUGAAGGAAUCACGUUCAGUGUUCGACCACCUAAGAAAAGUUGGAAGAAGAUCUUCAACCUUUCAGGAGGAGAGAAAACACUUAGUUCAUUGGCUUUAGUGUUUGCUCUUCAUCACUAUAAACCCACUCCCCUCUACUUCAUGGAUGAGAUUGACGCAGCCCUUGAUUUCAAAAAUGUUUCUAUUGUUGCAUUUUACAUAUAUGAACAAACAAAAAAUGCCCAGUUCAUAAUAAUUUCUCUUCGAAAUAAUAUGUUUGAGAUUUCAGAUAGACUUAUUGGAAUUUACAAGACAUACAAUAUAACAAAAAGUGUUGCAGUAAACCCAAAAGAAAUUGCAUCUAAAGAACUUUGCUAA